ACGUUACCCCAGGGACACCAGCAAUAUCAACGACAACAACCGUGGAAAUCCGGAAGAGCAGUGUUAUGACAACUGAGAUCACCUCGAAAGUGGAGAAAAUCCCCACGACAGCCACAAGCAGCACCACAAGCCCUUCUGUGGAGACUGAGGAAGAGAAAGCAAAAAGACUGCUGUACUGUUCACUAUGCAAAGUCGCUGUCAACUCUGCCUCGCAGCUGGAGGCGCACAACAGUGGGACUAAGCACAAAACUAUGCUGGAAGCUCGGAAUGGAAGUGGAACCAUAAAGGCCUUUCCCCGGGCAGGCGUAAAAGGCAAAGGACCUGUGAAUAAGGGAAACACAGGCCUUCAGAACAAAACAUUUCACUGUGAAAUAUGUGAUGUGCACGUAAACUCUGAGACACAACUGAAACAGCACAUUAGCAGUAGAAGGCACAAAGACAGAGCUGCUGGGAAGCCACCUAAACCUAAAUACAGCCCUUACAACAAACUCCAAAAGGGAACACAUCCUCUAGGGGUGAAAUUAGUAUUUUCAAAGGAACCUUCAAAGCCGAUGGCUCCACGAAUCUUACCAAAUCCACUAGCAGCUGCAGCAGCAGCCCCAGCCGCUGUGGCUGUGAAUUCCCCGUUCAGUCUUCGCACAGCCCCAGCAGCCACCCUUUUCCAGACUUCAGCACUUCCUCCAGCACUCCUACGACCAGCUCCAGGGCCUAUACGGACCACCCAUACUCCUGUGCUGUUUGCUCCUUACUGAACUCCAAACAGGAAUUAAUUGUACUGCAAUAAUUUUUCAAAUCAAAACA